CCACGACCUUAGACAGUCACUGAGGUCAGAUCAUUCUUAGGAAUGUGCGGCUACUAUAGGAAUUUCGUAAAGAACUAUUCGACAGUCGCCUCUCCUUUGACUGAUCUAACUCGACUUGACACGCCGUGGGACUGGAGUGAUGAGUGCGAGAGUGCUUUCAAGAGAUUGAAGCAUGCACUCAUGAAUCAUGAAGUUCUCAUGGUUCCCGAUCCGCAGAAGCCAUUCAUAGUAACCACUGGCGCAAGCCAAUACGACAUUGGUGCAGUGCUGGCUCAGCAGGAUGGGAAAAAGUUGAGACCGAUUGAGUACAUGAGUAAGAAGAUGCCAUCGAAGAAGUUGGCUAAGUCCACCUACGAAAGGGAACUCUAUGCUCUCUAUAAGGCACUUGUCCAUUUGAGACACUUCCUUUUGGGAAGGUUCUUCUAUCUGAGGACCGAUCAUCAGACCCUCAAAUGGAUCAAGACUCAACCGGCUCUUUCUCAUGCACUCAAGCGAUGGAUUGAGGUCGUAGACCAAUAUGACUUCAAGCUUGAGUACCUGAAGGGAGAGUACAAGGUUGCAGACGCGCUAUCCCGUAGAGCAGACUACCGAGGUGCGCUAGUUUCUGAAUUUGGCGUAUCUAAUGAAGUAGCUCAAUCUUUGGUGGGAGCCUAUCAGGAAGACCCUGUCACGAUGGACAUCAUCCGCAAACUUCAGGCAAAAGACAAGGCCACAGAAAGUGAGUUUGUGAUGGUGGAUGGGCUAAUCUAUCUUGAUAAGGCCGGAGUAAAGAGAUUGGUAGUUCCAUCUAGUGAACAGUUGCGUAGUUUAUUUUUAGGCGAAUGUCAUGACGCAACUGGGCACUUUGGCUACAAGAAGACGAGUGCUAACUUAGUACAACGAUUUUGGUGGCCCAGAAUGUUAGAUGACGCAAAGAAGUAUGUUGAGACCUGUCAGGUCUGCCAGCGGGACAAGCCGCGAACUCAAGCAUCGUUUGGGUUAUUGAAGCCUUUACCUAUUCCUGAUGGUCCAGGAUUGAGUGUUUCCAUGGAUUUCAUGGACACUCUUGUGACCAGCAAGAGUGGUAAGAGGCACAUUUUCGUCAUCAUUGAUAGAUUCACCAAGUACGCUAGACUAAUACCAAUGCCAGAGACAACCAGGACGGAAUAUGUCAUCAAGUUGUUCAAGGACAACUGGGUAAGGGACUUUGGUUUACCAAAGACCAUCAUUAGUGACCGAGACGUCCGAUUCACAAGUGAGCUGUGGAAGAAGACUGCGGAACAGAUGGCCAGUCAACUUCAAAUGACUUCAGGGAAUCAUUCCGAAGCCAACGGACAGGCCGAACAAAUGAAUAGAGUUGUACAGCACUUGCUGAGGCACUACAUCAAGCCCAGCCAGGACGACUGGGAUGAGCAGUUACCUCUCAUCGCCAGCCUGUACAACAAUGCUAUACAUAGUAGUAACGGCGUUAGUCCUAACCUGCUGCACUUAGGAUGGAAGCCUAGAUCAGCAUUAGACUUCCUCCUACCUGAAAACCGACCCGCUGCAACUCCAGGCACACUUGAAUACGGUGUGCAAUAUGAGAAAAAGCUGCAAGAGGCUGUUGAACAUAUGAAGAAGGCUCAGCAAGCUAUGAUUGCUUCUGAGAAUCAACAUCGCAGACAAUCCACAUUUCAGGUAGGGGAACGUGUCUGGGUCAAGGCUAGCGAGCUAGGACAGGAAUUCAGAAUCUCUCGCAAACUAAUGCCUCGGUACUUUGGUCCCUGGGAAGUCUUGGAUGUAGUGGGAGAUGAGUUGGAUGGUCCCACAUAUGUCAAUCAUUUGAGAUCGAUGCUGCCCCCAACCAUGGAUGGACGAGUAGACAUCGACGACAUUGUGGGUCACAGGGAUAUGCCUGUUCCGAAGCAGCUGGGUGGAGGAAGACCUCCUAAACCCAAGAGGGAGUACCGGAUCAGAUUCAGGCAUCAUACGGAUCCGAAAGAAGAUCGGUGGUUUACACGGGAGGAACUGAUGGAAACAGCCCCUCAGGUGGUGGUAGAUUAUGAACGGAAGCUGAAAGGGAAGGCACCUGCGAAUUGCGCCGCCUCUGCCGAACGUACGGAGUGACUGUGACCAUUGAAACGACAAACACUAAGGAGUCUCUUUUUCGAGCGGCAGUCAGUUUUGGUCUUUCUGCUUGCACCAGGUUGUCUGUUAGGACAUACUACUAUGGGCCAGAUGCAGUUCAGGAAGU